AUGGAAGUAUACAAAACUCGUCUUUCUCCUCAUGUGCUCCCCUCCUCACCAAUCUCUACUCCUUUAUCCAUCCUAGAUGCCACCGUUGCCCGAUUUGCUCCAGCUGGCGCAAUAUGGCUAUGGGAUCGGUUCUCCGGGAAUCUCCCUGAAACGGAUUUUAUCGACUGUCUUCAAUCUUUAUUUGUGCAGACUCUAUCCGACUAUCCCCAAUGGGCUGGUCAGCUGCAAUGGGCCCCGGUUCGAGAAGGCGGCAAUCACACCGAACGCUUCAACCGGCCCAUGAUCGUCUACGGGGCACCUGAUGACCCUGCGGAUGAGUGGCGUGUCGUCAAACGAGACGGCAUAUCGGUCGGGACGCUGGUACCUUCAGCCAUGGAACGAAUAAGCGCGGGAGCCUGGGACGGGGCCAAUUUCCCCCAGAGAGAUUUCCUGAGUGAACCCCCAUUGGCGUUGCAUGAUCUACGUGAAUACCAGGGAUCACCCAGUAUGCAGGUGCAAAUCACGCUAUUAAAGAGUGGCGCAUUCGCAAUUGGGAUCCGAAUGGCGCAUGUCCUCGCCGAUGCCCAGACGUUGAUGGUGUUUGUGCAUCAGUGGGCGGCUACCAGUAGAGCCACGUUUGGUUCACACAACUCGAAGUCGUUGAUGGACGCACCGGUCUUUAACCCAGCGCUGUUAGGCGCACAUGCUGCCGGGGAUGUUGACGGCCCAGCGCCGGAUCGCGGACUGGUUGCCACAGCGCGAGAGCUGCCACUGCACCGAUUUGACUGGUGGAAGACGGACGACCCGGGGUAUCCGAAAGUACUGGUGCCCAACACGCUGAACUCGAUGCCUUCGUGUGAGCAGCUGGACAGCGUCGAACUCUCUCCGUCGACAUCUGCACCAUGGACAUCGUGGGACCUGUCCAGACGGAUUCGUUAUACGCAGAUCCAUUCCUCAGGGAAUCAAUUGGCGGAUCUCAAACGGACAGCGCUGGCGCAGAGUCAAGAAGAUAUCUCUCGACUAGAUGCAUUACUAGCCCACCUUUGGAUCUCCAUCAACCGCGCCAGGAAUCUCACCAAUUGCCCCGACUCCGUUUUCCUGGAUCUCUCUAUAGGCACUAGAACACGCCUGUCUCCCCCUCUACCCGACACAUUUCUCGGAUCACCACUCUUUCUCACUCACCCCCUAUUCACGUCAGAGAAGAUCGGCGCGAUGCUACAUGAUGACGCGUACGAGAUUUCGCCGCAGCGGCUGUGGCAGGCGUUCUUGGGGUCGCGACAUGUCCUUGUAACCUCCUGGCUGCGAUUAAAAGUGUACAAGAUCGACUUUGUUGGGGAUGGAAACCGUCCGCGGUAUGUGCAUGCUGUUUUGCCCAAGCUGGAUGGGGAAGUGCAGGUGAUGGAAUCGGGGGUGGAUGUUAACGGGGUGGAUGUGGCAGUGUAUCUGGAGGAAGAGGUCAUGGAGAGGAUCCUGGCUGAACAGAGGCAGAUCACAGUGUAG